CCAGGCCAAGUUAGAGUACAAUUACGAAUGUUACAUGUUGUUAAAGUUUAUAGUCCUUAGUAUAUUAUUUGUAGGUUCUAUUUGUCGUAAAUAUAAGGCUUUAUUUAUUACAAUUUAUGGCUAACUUAUAGGAGUUGUGACAUCCCCAUGACAUACAUAUUCUAGGACACUAAUAUUAAACAUUGUAGUAAAACAAAACAAUAUUUAACAUUUUACGAUGCAUUGUUAAAAUUAAAUGUCACAUACCAACAAAAUUAUAGACAAAAUUUUAUUAAACAGCAAUUUAUUACAACAAACUGACGUUUCUAAUGCGUAGUCUGUGAGUCACUAUGCAUAUUUAUUAAUGUGACUGCAAACAAAGCGAGUUCACUGUAGCAGCAAUACUACGCAACAUGAAGUUGUUUUGUGUCGUGUUAUUUGUUGUAGUCACCAUGGCAAGUGCGGACGAUACUCCUAAGAAGCAAUACUAUAAUGUCAAUGAGGCACCUUUGUUAUUUGAAAAGUUUGUGCAGGAUCACAGCAGACAAUACAAGGAUGAAACAGACAGGCAAGCCCAUUAUGAGGCGUUCGUAAAAAGUUUACAUAGUAUAAAUGAGAUGAACGCAAAGCAACCUCACGCAACUUUUGCCAUCAACAAAUUCGCUGAUUACACUGAGGACGAAAAGAAAUCUAUGUUUGGAUUUAAAAGGCCUUAAAAGGCGUUUUUUACAAAAUGUAAAAUAUAUAUAAGAAAAUCAUAUUCAUAAUUGAUGAAAAUUUUGAAGCGGCCAUGGGUGUUGGUAGUACAAAAUGCAGAAUCUCCACUCAUUCGGAUGUGUUCAAUCAUUUAAUAUAUUACUAGACAAUAUAUCCUUUCUGUAAUUUAAUAAAA